UUGUGGCGGUCAUACUCCUAUUGCUUGUGCAGAAAGGAUCGUUUGUGUGUUGUGUUGAGUAUUUGACGGAACAGUUGAUAAAUGGCGGGGGCGAUAUUAGAAAAUCUAAGUGGGAGAAAGCUGACCAUACUGAUAUGUUUUUUAAUGUUGUGUCAGAUUAUUUGUUUUCUGAUUGGCGGACUUGUUGCACCGACGCCGUCUACCGCAGACCACAUUUUGGCCACAAAAUGUUGGGAUCCUGAUCCCAAAAAUAACACCGAGAAGUGGUUCUACGCUCGAGGUCGCGGUAAAUGUCAAACAAUUGAUAUACACGAUCACACUGAGCCAAAUAUGCAAGCAAAUAAUAUUGUCUUCGUUUUUCAAAUUCCACUACCAAGAGACAGUUUAAUGCACGAUUACUCGCGGUGGCAACAAAAUCUUAUUGGAAUCCUACAGAUUGAUAUAGUGUACCAAAAAGGAGUUGAUGAAAUGGAGCCGCGCGUUCCGUUGACGCUAAAUGCAAGGCUGGCUUAUCGAAAUAAAGGUGAUGCCGAUGACGACUGGAAAAGUUAUGCCGCUUCAGUUGAAGAAAGGAUCCUUGAGUGUUCAUCUGAUAGAAAACCUGGUUACAACUAUAACUGUUCAUUAGUUCCGUUGUUUGAGUUAGGUUCUCUUCAUCAUGAUUUCUAUUUAUUAAAUAUUCGCCUGCCAGUGGAUGCCAAUAAAACCAUUAACAAAGGUCUGGGACAUGUAGAAGACUUGUGGCUAGUUACCAUUAAUCAGAAUGGAGGUUUUACAAAAGUUUGGGUGUCUCUUAAAAGCGUAUUCUUCCCAAUAAUUAUUGGUAUAAUGGUAUGGUUCUGGAAAAGAGUGCAUCAGUUGUCUCGCUCCCCAGCACUUUUGGAGUACAUGCUGUUUUCUUUAGGAAUUGCACUAACUGUGUUGAAUGCACCACUUGAAUAUUUAACACUCUCAUUUGACAUGCCUUUCAUGUUACUCCUUUGUGAUAUACGGCAAGGCAUAUUUUACGCAACACUGCUGUCCUUCUGGUUGAUAUUUGCUGGAGAGCAUCUGAUGAUUCAAGAUACUGCGGAAAAAAAUACGCUGCGCACCUACUGGAAACAUCUGAGUGCUGUAGCUACUGGUUGCAUUUCUCUUUUGGUGUUUGAUAUAUGUGAACGUGGAGUGCAACUAAGAAAUCCGUUCUACUCCAUUUGGGAUACAGAACUGGGAACAAAUUUGGCCCUAUCUUUCAUUAUAUUGGCGGGUAUAUCAGCAGGAGUAUAUUUUCUAUUUCUAACUUACAGAAUUUGGGCAGUGUUUUGCAACAUAAGUGCUAAAAGAUCAGCACUGCCUUCAUUGUCUUGUGCGCGCCGUUUACAUUACCAGGGAGUAAUAUAUCGAUUCAAGUUCCUCAUGUUAGCUACAUUGCUUUGUGCAUUAAUGACUGUUGUGGGCUUCAUUCUGGGACAAGUAUCUGAGGGUCGGUGGAAGUGGAAUGAUCAAAUAGAGAUUGAAUUCACAUCAGCUUUUUUCACGGGAGUCUAUAGCAUGUGGAAUAUUUACAUAUUUGCACUUAUUGUUUUAUAUGCUCCCUCUCACAAACAAUGGCCAUCAGAAGCAGAUAUACGCAGCAAUUGUAAUGAGGAGAUUGAAUUCAGCCGAUUAGCUACCGAUCCCAGUGAAAUCUCAUCUUUAACGUCAUUUGCAAGGAAAUCUGCACUUGAUUAAUGGCAGUGUGUUGGUUGGUUGCAAGGUCUGUUGCCAUUGUCUUCAAUACCAGAAUCUGAUAUUGAACACAGUUUGAUUUAUGGUAAUAUGUGUACUUACAGGUGGUGUAAAUGUAGGCAUUUGUUCAAAAUGCAGAUGAAAGAUGUGGCAUGCAAUAGUGUAUUAGCAUUGAGCAUGAUUUUGUGUAAUAAUUCCAGUCAUAAUUAUAAUCCUAUAGUAUUACCUGUAGCUUAAAAAGUGAUUAAAAUUUACAUUUUCAAGUUUAUGAUAUGCCAAUGGGGUUCAUUCCCUGUAUGAACUAAUCUGAGUUGUGACAUUACUGACACUAUGCUAUGUUUAUAGUAUAGAAAAAUUUGUCAAAUUAUUAAGCACUUCAUUGUAAUCUCAAAUACAGAUCUGCUGUAUUUUAGUGGCUGUCAUUAUGUGUUUGAAGUAAUUGGCUUUUGUUACAUUACUGACACUUCAUUAUUUUUAUAUUUUAAAAACGUUGCUACCAAAUAAACAAGGGCUUAAUUGCAUUCUCAGAAAUCUACAUUUAACAUACUGUAGAGUGAGCUUAGUAAGUAUAUCAAUGAAGUGUGUUUAUUGUUGUUUUUAUGUACGUCUUUCAACAAAUGCAUAUUUAACUAGAGAAUCUCUUAUGGUCUGGCAGAUAAUUAUUUCAUUUCAUAAAUAUUCAUGGGCAUCUGCAGAAAUUUGUCAGGGGGAGGGGGGGGGGGCAAGACUCUAAAAUUGCCAUUUUAUUUUAAUGAUUCUGUCAGUUUAAAAAUGGGUUGUGCCACAAGAAAUAAAUUUUGUAGGUGACAAAAAAAAAUUAUUGGUGUUCCCUCAGUACUUGCUGUAGGUAGAUCACUUCUACUCUGUAAUCCAGAUUCCAGGGGAAGGGGGUAAGUGCACUAUCUUCCUUUAUGCCCCCUCCACCUGUUUGCAGCCAGCUGUGUUCAUUUCUGCAUUCAAAAUUUGAAUUUGCCUGUUAGAAGGCAUGUGUAUGGGCAUUAACUGAACACAAUAUUAUUGCACUAGGCCUCUCCCAUGGCACCCUCUUUCUGCAGGUGCAGUAAAAUUGUGGUUGACUGAUACAUGCUGUUUUGCUUAUAAGAAUCAUUUAAUUUUCUUAUUAAAUUAGUGACCUGAUAGGUUUUCAUUCAAUAAGAGACCUUUCUUCCUUAAUAGUAAUGUCUUUUCUGAUCUACAUUUCAAGUGGAUUACUUUUGUGUGGUCAAUCAUACACAAUGUGGUUUUAUAGUCAGUGAACUGAUUUGCAUUAACUUGAUUUCUCCAAUUUCAUUUGUUAAUAUUUGGUUUAUUCAUUGAUGCAAAACAAACUUAAUGCAUCUAAUACCAGUACAUGAUUUAUAUUAUGUUGUGAAUAUUGUUUCUGUAUUUUCAUUUAGUCACUUUUAGUAACAACAUGGCAACUUCAACACAGUUAUGUUAAAGGUUUUACAAUCAGUGUAAUAGUUUCUAUACAUUAACAUAAUAAAAUUUGUAUGUUAUGUUGAUGUGUUUAGUACUUUGGUACUGUAUAGUGGCUUGAAAAUUAAAAUGUUCCUGCAGAUAAAGUAUUUAGGAAAGAUGACCAGUCCUAUAGGUGCCACCUUACUGUAAGAUUUUCAUAUGUUUAUUUUCCUUGCACUAACAGCCGUUCAUUUCUGGAAAGCCUGUAAGGAGGGGGGGGGGGGGGAGGGGGAAGGACAAGAUUGGAGCAGUCCUAUUAUUGUGUGUUGUGUGGAGUGAUGUUGGCAGCACUUGUUGUGAAGUGUGAUUAAAACAUAACUGGGUGUGUUGACAAUUGGCUGUAAGUAGCCAAAGUGUUUUGUUGUAGUAAUGAGUUGUGCUGAAUCCUGACACAAAUAUAACCACCGACUGUGCUAUGCGUUUGAAUAAGCAGCUGUCCUAAUCCCAUAUUUCACAAGGUAUUCACCAUAACAAUUUUUUGGCUCAUGAUACAAAGUCUAAGCUACAGUGUGAAUUAACUAGACAUAAAUAUGCUCUGAUCACUGGCUGUCUUCUGAAUUAUUGCUUGAACUGUUCAGGAGCUGUAGCCAAGGUACCUCUCUCAAAAUCACAGUCCUUGCUCCCAUCAACUCGCAGAAAAACGUAUCAACUUCCACCUCAGCCUACAUCUUGGACUAUGCUGCACACAAGUGUGCCACCAAACUCCAUUAAAAAAAAAGAUUAAAAAAUAUUGUAGAUUUGGCAGCAAAUAUUUCCAUUCACCUAUCACAUUUUUGUUCCUUCACAAUAAAUCUGUAAAAAAUACCCCAGCAGACAGUGCUUUUAUCUAUUAAUUUCUCAGGUAAUGCCAGUUAGUAGAAUUGAUAGCCAUAUCAUCAUAGGAACUUGAGAACUGCAUAACAAAAUAUCACCCAAUCAUGAGAGAAGUGUGUAGAAUAUUGAAUGGUUUCUGGUUUGACACUGUAGUGGCUGGCACCAUCCGUAUUAAUUUUAGCUGGGAUUCUAUUAAAACAUAUUGGAUGCACAUUUGGGAAAUUACACCGUGAUAUCCAAUGUAAGAGGACUGGGUAUUAACAACAUUAGCAUAAGAUGAUUGUCAGAAGCUCUCUAUCAUAUGUGACCAAUUCUAGUCUGAUAUGUCACCAGUUCCAUAUAAGAAUGUUUUAUUUGUAGGGAUUUUGUAUUUUUGUAUGUAACACGUAUUUGUUUACUUUAAGCAGUACAGAGUCUGUUAAGAUAACAAUCUUUAAAAUAAAAUAUAACUAAUCUUGGUGGAGUUGACGAUACGUUCCUGCUCACUCUGUCAAUAUCAGUAAAAUUAAUCAUGUUAUUGUCCAUAUGUAUGUGUAUUAACCACGUCAUGGACAUUUAUCCUGCUUGACAAAGUUUGAGUAAUGUGUUGUCAUUUCUCAACAGCUGUUUCAUAACAUAUGAAAAGUAACAAUAUGCUGGAACUCAUUUAUCUUUCAUAAUCUUAUGGUGACAUCACUCACAAUGUGAUUACACCAUACUGAGUUCUUAAAAAAAAAAAAAAAAAAAAAAAGGGGGGGGGGCAAUGAUUUCCAUGUUACUGUAUUUCGUUUGUCAUUAUGUAAGUUCAGAGAGAGUAGACUUACAAUCUGAAACAGGUACAGAACACAGUUGAUCUAAUUUACCAAAUGACAAUUGCACAGUGUUGGAAGGUGGUGGUAUGGUGUUAUAGAAAUUUUUCAAGCAGUAGUAUGUGCAGUCAGGUUUGAAUCUGCAAUAUGGUUCAUGUGCUGUUACUUUAAAAAUUGAAAACAGUUUUGUUUGUAACAUGUGGCCUAAGCAAUCAACAGAAAUGACUGAGGUGGCCUUGAACUGAUCACUGUAUAAGUUGGCCUUGUAUGCAUAGUUUAAUGUAAAACCAGAGACACUUCAUUUUGUACUUUUCUAUUAGUAACAUGAAAGAGCUUCCAUUACUUGUAAGAUUCAAACUGUUGUUUAUCUUCAAGAAAAGUAUUUCCAAUUUAUAAACAUUUGCUUGUAGUUUGUUUUUGAAAGUUUUUUUUCCAGUGCAGGGCUUGAUUUACAUUAUUUAGUCACAUAUUUAUAAUCUGAUAUUGCUUAAGACUGUCAAAUUUUAAGGAGAGUGACUAAAUGUGGUAUUAUGAGAGGGGUAAUUGCUGUGAAACAGAAGAUAUCUCUAUUAAUUUAUUUUUAUGUUGCAUAAAGUAUUAUUAUGUUGUAAUAAUUAAUUUUCUAGUGUAUAUUUGUGAGAAGUUUUGUAUUUCACAUUGUCUUUAUUGAAAAUGGCAUGUAGGGAAAGCUUUUCUUAUGUUUAUAUAAGUGCCAUUUUAAAAUGUUACUGCAGUAUUCUUUUGUAUCUGAAAGUGUUAUUCAAGACUGAAUUCUCCAUUUAUUGCACCAAUAACAUAUUAGGAUGGACUGUGCAAAAACCUAUUCCUGAAAGUCUGCCCCCAUAUGUUUGGGUUUGUGUUCUGAUGAAUGUUCAGUUUCAUGGGGAAAAAAAUGCAAAAAUAUUGUGAUGGUAAAAGUUAAUAAGGGCAAUGCUGUUUUUCUUCCCCAGAGCAGUGUUCGCUAUGGGAUUGAAGGAAAAACAGUUGGGUAGACAGUGUGUAAUGUGACAGCUAUACCAGAACUUACACACACUUGCUUUGGUGGCAGAAAUGUUAACUUAGUUCUUAUGUUACAAUAGGACCAUUACAUUGUGUACACUGUAUUUGCCAAGAAAUGACCAGGGGAAGCUACAUACUGUGCACAAUGCUGAAGCUUUUAUUUUGCACUCACACACUGUCUGUUCUCUUGCCUCUCAUUUAUUCCUGAAAACUAUCUUCCCAUGAAACUGACACAUGCCAAGUUACAUGGCAUAGAGGAAAACUGCUCUGGGUGGAACUGCCCCUAUUUUUAACCUUUACCAAUUAUAAUUACUUGCAGUCAAAUGAACUGAGAUAUUGGGUUUAUCCAUGACUGUUUUUCUAUAUUUCAAGUGAUUUGCUGAACAUGUGAUGAAGGAAUUAAAAAUUUCCUAGGUAUUUAUCUGAUGGAAUGGUCCUGAACUGAAGGGAGAUGGGUGGGAAGGGUAUUUUGAAAUGUAACAAAUAAUUGUAUUGUCCUAUAAAUAUUUGUAAAUGGAGAAAUAAAUUGUAAUAGUUUAUUCAUCCACAUAAAUAGAAGGUAAUUAUUUUAAUUCAUACUUUGUAAUAAUACUAUUGAGUGGACUUCUGUAUUGAGAUUUGCUGUGGCAUGUGAUUCUCUAGUAAAGUCAGAACACUUAAAGCAGUGAAUUUAUGCAUUUACUGACACACAAAUAGUAUCUUUUUUAUUUGUGAUUGAAUAUUUGUAAUUUUUCAAAGAAAAACAACUUUGUCAGAAAUUUUGUACAAGAAUUUAAAUACGCAGUAUUAAUGUCAUUUACUGAAUGUUUCUGAACAUUUAAGUCUUAUCUGCCAUGUAUGAUGAUGAUUUGUGAAAUAAAUUUUGAUUACUAUCACUGAA